AUUUGACACGUGGCUACCUAUGGAGUGUUUACUGACAAGUGUUACAUAAACUCAGUUUGUGUCUGUUGACCCCGCUAAAGCUUUCACUCACUCGGGUUAAACCCGGCUACGAAGAAGAUGAAAACGAGAUCAUCAUCCUCCGGUGACCUGGUUCCGGCGGGUAACAGUCGCGAAUCCCAGCUACAGAUCGUGGACCUCACUUCAUCUCGCCGGAAAUCUUUGCAUGGUUUGAAUCGGCCGCGACCAUCGUCUCGUAGAAGCAAAGGCGGUGUCGACGAUUCGGAUCGUCGCAGCUAUGCCUCCAAGGGUUUCCAUUUGCCUAAAGGAUGGACCGUUGAGGAGUUUCCUAGGAGAAACUCCUACCAUAUUGAUAAGUUUUAUGUUGAGCGAAAAACAGGAAAGCGGUUCCGUUCCCUUGUCUCCGUUGAGAGAUACUUGAAACAAUCAGGGAACCGUACAGAUCAGCAGCAGGUUGUGCUUUUACAGCAUCACCCUGUCCCUUCCAAAGAUUUCAAUCUACCUGAUGGAUGGAUCGUCGAGGAGAAACCCCGGAGAAAUUCCGGUCGAAUAGACAGGGUAUACACUAUCCUUAUCUCUGUCUUUGUUUGGUUAUCUUUGGUUUUCUUGUUAUAUCUAAACCGUUACGGCUGUUGCUUGCAGUUUUAUACUGAGCCAGGAACAGGGAAGAAGUUCCGUUCUCUGCCUGCUGUUGAGACAUACUUGAACGGUACAGUUGACUCGGUUGAUUCCGGGCAGCUUUCGAUUUUGGCGAACCCGGAUGGUAUCGGAUUUGAAAGCGUGGAUAUCGACCCAAACCCACCGGAGAAAGUGAAAUGGGUACUGACAGGUCCAAGUGGAAACAUGUUUAGUGCGCAUGUUAGCGGAUCGGAUGUCUCUAGCUCUGUCCAAAAGACAUGGUCUGAGGCUUUUGUCUCAUUGCUCCAAGAACGGGUUUAACCAAUGUCUGCUUAUUCAUUGAUUGGGCUUUUUUUGUCGGUUUUAUCACUUUGAGGAUUAAAUGUUAAUAAGCUAUCCCGGUCAGUAGUCUCUUCAAGUUGUUUCUAUUUCGGUUUAGUUUAUAACUGGCCUUAAUAA